GGAGGAGUUCCUGAGAAGGACAGAAAAUCUUCACUGGGUUGAAUUAUCUGUGUGUGGUUAUGAUAUGGGUAUAUGAAGGAUAAUCAGUCCAAAGAUCAGGCAACUAUCCGCACUAUUGUUUGACUUUUAUAUGGCAAUAUGAACGUCCUAGUUUAGUAGAGGCUAUACAUUCAUAGCCACGUCAUUGUUAUAACGUGAUCAGAAGGUGAGUGUGAAUAGCUCAUCAUCGUAGUUGACGGAGCUACACUACUUUCAAGGCUAACAAUGAAUAUGGAAGAGAAAAUGUCGAGUCAGGUGACCGUGGUCUCCACCGGCGUUGUGUUAAUGAGACCGAGUGGCUCACCUCCUUCAUCAAAAAUCUCCACGAUACAAAAAUCGUUUUAGUCUUUUCUUCACCGGAUGACAAAGAGUUUACCUUGUGCAUGAGCAGCAAUGGCGCAAUUGUGAAGGAUGUAUCCUUCUGGGAUGUAACACGCAAUCGAACGCGAGCUGUGGUGAGGAGGAACGUUCUUAUAGUACUCUUAUUCUAUUUGCCCCUCAUCGGAUUUUUUUGGGUUCGUACUAUCUUGCCAAGUAUUUGACAGUUCCGCCAGCUAAACCUUAUAUGCGAUGGGUGCCCCUAAAAGAAAAUAUGGCUAUCUUUUUCUCAGUAGUCUCAGGGGUUACCUUUCUACUGCGUGGAGUCACGCUCAUGACGAUAUACAAGCAUAGAAAAUCACCAGUCAUACUGAGCAAACUGCCAUCUUUCAUAGCUCAUAUUAGCUUUUGCUUAUUGGUCAUACCUCCACUCACAUAUAGCACGAACAUGCUGACUGCUUACUACUCGCCAACGAACAGUUUUGUUCGCUUCCUACAAGCAGUGGAAUUGAUGACGGUUGGGCAAGUAUGGGCGGCACUGAGUAGCAGGGUGGCGCUUAUGUAUUUUUUGUUGGACAAAGGUAUCUGCAAUCCAAGUUACAAGAUGUUCUUCGUCAAUUCCAUAAUCAUGUCAUUUGUGUUCCAAGUGGUACCUUACAUCGUUGCCAUGACCAUUUCCUUCCUUAAAUACUCCGAAAUCAUUGGGUGGGCUGCCGUUUCGUAUGCGUUGCUCACCUUGAUCGAGAUGAGCUGGUAUACUGUGAAAAUGCGCGGGGGAUUCGUAAAGUUAUUCGUAAUUAUGAAAAUGUCGUGCGGAUGAUGAUUAUACAGGUAGUGAUAUUGGUGAUAUCUAUGUGCAAAGUGCGAUUUGAAAGCAAGAGUCUUGCUUUUUACAGAUUCAGUACAUCAGUGGUACAAUGUUUUCACAAUAAAUUAGGUAUCAGCGAAAACACCUUAAUCAGCCAGGCAUAUGAUUUGAUAGAUCCACGUGGGCGGCGUGGGCGGCUUGAUCUGCUAUUACAAGAUAAGGAACUUUACCCCGUACUAUUGGCUAUGGCUGGCAGACGGCAUAUGGACGAAAACUUCAGAUUCAUGCAAGAUGUUCGACGGCUUAAGCGUAUGUUGAGGACAGAAGCCAAUACGCUGACAGUACAGGAAAGAAAUAACGAUAGUGAAAACAUAAGCAGACUAACAUUGCAAAUACUGGAUAACUAUAUCAUGCAAGGAGCGGCCCACCCAGUAAAUUUGCCUUCGAGGAUACUAAAGCCAUUACGCGAAAUGAGGGAAUCGACGCCCGUCGAAUCAUCGAUGUCUCUACACCAGGUGGAAGUUGAUAUUUACCAGCUCUUGUGGAUGGCAUAUGCGGAGACAGUCAUGCUGGUGCACGAGUCAAAUGUGCUGGACAUGUUCUCGAAGAAUCCGACAGUGUGCGACAUACUGAAGAGCAGAGUAGAUAGAUUAACAACCUUGUGCGGGACGGACGCAAGACCGGCGAAACCACCCCAAACAACUAAUUUACUGCACAUAGAGGAGCGGUGUUCCUCGAACAGUGUCCGCGACGAGGCCUGACAAGUUCAGAUAGCACCGCUUGCGCAAUUGGCGCGAUGUCCUUCCCUUCAUUCAACAAAUAAAUACAGCAAAUACAUAUCACAUGCG